GUGUCGGCACCAAUGGUAGAGACUGAAGCUGAUGAAGACAUUGCUAAAGAGGAAGGAAAGGAGUCUGGGGAAAAAAGGACAGACAGCAAAGCAAGGAAAACCAUAACCAAAAAAAGGAGAGUUACUAAACAAGGAAGACGGAAAAAAGAAGCAGAGGCACCAGCUUCAACUGGAAAGGAGGAGAAAGAGCAGGAGAUAAAGGCCGAAAAGACAGAUAGUGAUGAUUCAGAUGAGCUUCCUACAAUUCUCCCUCCCAAGAGGCGGCGCCUACAGAAGAAUGGGAACCCUCUUAUGAUGAUGCAAAACACAGUUGGAGGAAAGGGGAACAGCUCUGAACGUAUCAUGCGUGAGUUCCCUCGCCAUAAUUGGCUGGAACAUAAGAUUAACCAGUUACAGCAGCAGACUACCUGCUCCCCUUCAGAAGAGGAGUUGGUUGCAGCAAAUACUGUACAUCAAAGUCCCACACAUGGAAGUGAUACACAACCAAGCUCUGAACCAGCUCAGACAGAGAACCCCCACACACAAGACUCUGAUCCUAUAGAUGACCGACAUGAGGAUCAUCCAAGUUCCAUCAAUGUUGGAAGUCCUGUAGCUCCUGCUGCAGAACCAAGCACUAGUUCUCCUGAGGAUGGAGAAAGAAAAGCACACCAUCCAACUGCUACUGAUGGGUCAAAUGACAAGAACUCCUUCAGCUUACAUGAAGCAUUGAAGAUUGUUGGUGCUGAAGAAACAGAAGGUGGAGAUUUGGUCAUUGAUGAAGCAGGAACAGAAAAAGAUCGAUCAGUCAUUGAUACUUCGGAAUCAGACCAUAAAAGUGGUAAGGAAGAUAAUACACAGGCUGGAGUAGUGAAGAAAUCUUCAUCACCUGAACUUUCAUCUGCUUUAGAGUCUACACCAGAAAGUCAGCCAACAGUGGAUAAUAGCACAUUAAACAGCGAUACAACAGAAUCCAAGCCAACUGGACUGCCACUAGAUCUCUGUGUGAGGAAAAAUGAUAAACCAGGUGGAGGAUGUACAAGGCCUAAAGCUCCUCCGGUCCAGAUGGUCCUUCCUCAAGUUCAGCAACCAGCCCGGCCUGUGUCAACUGAACCUGCACUGGUCAAGGAAACAAAAGAUAUUCUCCAGACGGUUGUUACUGAGCCCCCUGAAAGUAAUACCACCUCAAAGGAGACAAAGACACUAACAGAGGAAGCUCUGAAUUUGACACAAGCUGAUUCACAAACUCCUGUGUCUCUGGCAGAGAUGGCAAGAGGGAUUGUUAUGCCUGUUGGAACUCAGCUGCAAUCUAGUGCAGUACAACAGACAACAGAUAAUGAUCAACUGUCUCAACAAAGUCAGACUCUUGCAGUGCCUCCAUCCAGUCAAGUUCCUGUAGGUCAGCUUGUAGGUCCUCAAGUUGAUAAUACUGAACUGCCGUCUACCACAAGUCCAUUGCCACUUUCAAAGUCUAAUUCAGGCAUUAGCACUGUUGUACCACCUCUUUAUGGGCCCCCUUUUGCUUCCAAUAGCUCAGGACUAGAGGCUCAUUCAAUGUCAAGACCAACAGGGUCUACAAUAAUUCAUCCAGCUUCACACAUGCCAGGACCUGUUCCUGGUCUUAUCCCUGCUCAUGGGGGCCAACACCCCAAGCCCCCAUUUCCAAGACAUGAUCACCCACCAAGGAACAUGGGAGGAAAGGAUUUAGAUAAAGAAUUUGAAAAACACUUUAGGGAGUUCAAACAGCUUGAGAUAUUAGCUGCCAAGAAAGAACGAGAGAGAGAAGAGCUUCUUCAGAUGAAAAAACGAAAGGCAAUGUUGUUGAGAGAAAUGAAAAUGUUAAAGAGUCAACAAAACACUCCACAUGAAAAUGAAAACCCUUCACAUCUGCAAGGUCAAAUAUUCAAACCUCCUGCCUCAAAUACUCAACACAGAGCACAGGUAGCUGAACUUAGGCCUUUUCAAGGAACACCACAAGGUAUGGCAGGUUUUCAGAAAACAGCACCUGGUCAACAAAAUACUCACCCAGUAUAUUCAGUUCCUGCACCUUUAUCUCACACGGCUACAAGUCCAAGCAGCAACUUGAGCACGGCACCACUGAAUCUGGUUGGUGCUGGACACAGGAAGAGAGGAAUUAGUUCAGAAGAUCGAAGACCUAUUGUAGAAAUGAUAAAUCUUGCCAUGUUGCAGAGAACCCGCAGUAAGCAGAGACGAAUGAGUGAAGAACAGAGGACAGGACCACCAGGGUCUAAUGCAGUUCCAACUCCAGCACAUCAGAAUAAAUCAGAUGUUAUAGUAAUUCAUGAUAGUGAUGUUCCUAGUUCAGAAAUAACCCGCUCUCCUUAUGAAACGGAAAACACCUAUUCAUGAACCACCCAGUUCUCUGAAUAGAUGUGCCCUUUCCUCUGCAUCUUUGGUUCCGGCCCACUCCCAGCCACCUUUCCAAACUGCAGGUAGCUUGAUAGUUCCAGCAAAAAAAUGCUCCUCAGGACCAAAUCCCUCCAUCUUUCCUUCCUCCUAAUUCACAUGGUCCAGGAAACACUGCAGCACCAGGACAUCACUCUUCAGCUUUACAUCAACCACAUCCAGUAUCUGGAGUCCACAGGGGCCCAACAGUAAAUGAAAUCCAAACU